GGAAGAUGGCGGCGGCGGCGACGCUACGGAGCGCCAGUCCGGUACGAGAUCCCGGUUCGGAGCGGGUUAAAGUGGAGGAAGGCACCGAAGCGGAGAAGCAGAGCCGUGUUUCUGCCCUGCUGGAGAGGCUGCACGCCAAACACAACGCCUCACGGCCAUGGCAGGAAACCAGCAAAGUCGUCCGCACCGCCAUGGAAAAGCGUGGUGUGAUGAACUCGGCCGGUCACCAACUUCUACUCAACUGUUUAGAGACGCUUCAGAGGGCACUUAAAGUGUCCUCGCUGGCGUCUAUGACCGACCGUUUGGAGUCUAUCGCCCGUCAGAACAUGUUGGGGUCACAUCUGAGUCCCUCAGAGACAGAGUGCUACAUCACCUCUGACAUGUUCUACGUAGAGGUGCAGCUUGACAACAUGGGACAACUGAUCGAUGUCAAAGUGGCUCAUCAUGGAGAAAACCCUGCGAGCUGUCCCGAGCUCAUCCAGCACCUGAGAGAGAAAAACUUUGAGGAGUUCUCCAAACACCUGAAGGGUCUUGUGAACCUGUACAAGCUUCCCGGAGACAAUAAACUGAAGACUAAGAUGUACCUGGCCCUGCAGUCUUUGGAGCUCGACCUCACCAAGAUGAUGCACAUGUUCAGGAUAACCACGAAGGCUAACACAGUGGAGACGAUCCUGCACGGCGGCGUGGGUCUGCUCACCCCGAGGAGUGGCGGACAUCUCCUGUCUCUGCAGUGUUACGUCUCACCUUACGACAUUUUCGAGGAGGAGACCGGCGCUCAGCUCAACUACACCGACGCAACCAUCCCUCGUUCUCUCGGAGUGUGCGUGUCUGUGACUGUGGAGGGAACCUCGUCCAUCUACAAACUUCCCAUCGCUCCUCUCAUCACCGGCUCUCACCCAGUGGAUAACAAAGGGACGCCGACGUUUUCCCCAGCGUCGAGCUCUAACUGCGUAGACCUGCCAGCGUGUUUCUUCCUAAAGAUGAAGCGGCCCAUUCCCUUCUCGCUGUCCUUCAUCCACAGAAUGGGCAACAUUACAGGUAUCCCAGUGUUUGAGUCAGUUCCUGCCCUGUCCACCCUCUAUGACCUCAUCAUUAAGAGCCAGCUCGGUGAAGAAGACGGAAACAGCGCCUUAGCAUCGGCCCGAUCCAUGAGAUUUUACGCAUCUCUGCCUGGACAGCAGCACUGCUACUUUCUGAACGGAGAUGCCCCAGUGCAGGAUGGGAACUCUCUGCAGGGGGCACUGGUGUCCAAAAUCCCAUUUCGACACCCUGCUCAUGUGCCCGCUCUGCUGGAUAUAAUACGUCACCAGGCAGCUUAUAACACACUGAUUGGAAGCUGUGUAAAAAAGACCUACAUAAAGGAAGAUGCCCCUGGGCUGCUGCAGUUCGAGGUCUGUCCGUUGACGGACUCCAGCUUCAGCGUGUCCUUCCAGCAUCCUGUCAAUGAGUCUCUCGUAUGUGUUGUAAUGGACGUAAUCGACUCACGGCAGAUUGCGUGUAAGCUGUAUAAGGGUUUGUCUGAUGCUUUGAUUUGCACAGAUGAGUUCAUUACCAAGGUGGUUCAGAGAUGCAUGUCUAUCCCUGUGACAAUGCGUGCAAUUCGUCGCAAAGCAGAAACGAUACAGGCGGACACCCCAGCCUUAUCCCUAAUAGCUGAAACUGUGGAGAUAAUGGUAAAAAAGAACCUUCCCCCAACAGGUAGCCCUGGUUACCUGGGGAUGGGUGCGGGACCUGAUGGGAGCAACACAGUGGGGCUACCAUGUGUCGGGGAAGCUGCUACACCUACAGGAGGCAGUACCGCUGGAAAUUUGGGUGCAGGUGGGCCUUUCCAAGGCUCACUUUUCAGCAUGAACCACCAGGGAGGUUCUGUUGUAGAAACUAUGGGACAGAUGGGAAGUCAGCCGCAACAGCUACAGCAGCAGCUCCAACCACAGCACAGCCAUGGUUCGGAUGAUUUUAGCAAGGUGACUCAGAACCCGAUACUCACGAGCCUUCUGAAGAUAACAGGAAGUGUAGGAUCUAGUCCCACUCCCCAGGGUUCUGCUGGUUCACAGCCACACCAGACCCCACCACCAACCACCUCACCUGCUAGCAAUACCAAAAACCAUCCCAUGCUGAUGAACUUGUUAAAGGACAACCCUUCACAGGACUUUGCAGCCCUUUAUGGUAGCAGCCCUCUAGAAAGACAAAAUUCCUCUGGUUCUCCCCGAACGGACAGCCAGGGUCAACCCUGUCCUGGGGGAAGCACCAAAGGCAAGAAGAAACGGCCAAGGGGCACUGAUAAGGGUAUAAUGGGAACAGGAGGAGGGAUGGGAAUGAAACAGCAGGCCCAACAACAGCAGUUGGGAGGCGUAAGCCACCAGCACCAUCACACACACCCUGCCCCUGAAGAUGAUUUCCAUCGUGCCCUCUUUUCCAUGGAUGCUGAUGCCUCUCAGAAUCCCAUUUUUGAUAUCAAUCUUCCAGGUGAUGGGUUAGACACUCCUCACAGUAUCACCCCAGCUCCAAGUCAAUGCGGGACCCCACCACCUGGUUCUGGAAUGUCUUACCAUCCACAGUCACACGGUCAGUCUCAGACGCAAAUUCAGGCGCAACCACCAGGGUCUAUAUCUCGUAUGGGGCGGCUCUCUAGCUCUGAAAGCAUUCCUACGGAUAUACAUGACAUUCUCUCUGAUAUUCCUGAUCCAGCCACCAAAGGGAGUGGCGGCAGCCAUGGGCAGCAUCACAUGGGUGGGGAAGAAGGAGGUUCCCUAGACACUCCACUAAGGGAUUCUUCUAGCUCAGGUCAGGGUAGUGCAGUAUUCGAGGCUGACCUUUUUAACACCAACAGCAAUGAAAACACUUACACUGAUCCAGCAGAUCUGAUUGCAGAGGCCGCUACUGCAGCAACUCCAAAUAGUGAUGGGUCAAUGAAUAAUUUUUAUACAGAUGCAGACUUUGGCCAUGAAUUGCUGCAUGAACAGGGAACCUUUGCACAUGCAAAUUACUUUGACAGUUCACCUAGUUCAGAGCCAGAUAUUGACCUUGUUAAGAGUUUCAGUGGGGGAAGUCAACAGAACACGCCUUCAGGCACCCCUCAGAAUCCAACUUCGCAUGGUCGUAGCACACCUGAUGCCCCUCUAAAGGAUCCGUUUGAUGUUAGCAUGGUUUUUAGUGGGAACAGUGGAGGAGGAAAACCAUUGCUAGGCCCAGGGCCAGAUUUGGGUGAUUCACAUUCUCAUGGAGGUGGCAGUCAGAGUCCACUCACAAUGGGCAUUGCAGGACUUAGCAGUGAUUUUAAAAGUAGUGAAGUAAAGGUCAAACAGCAGCAGAUGCGACCAAAGGAGGAUAAUGGGGGAGGUAACUCUGGGAUGAUGAUGGGAGGAACAGGCUCUGCUGAAGGAAAGCAGAUAAAACGUAGUCGCACACCUUCUAGUGAGGGAAAAUCAAAAGAAAAGCCACCUAAGCGUAAAAAGCUCGAUCCAGACGGCAAGUCUCCCUCACACAGCUCUGGGGGUCGACCUUAUACCCCUCCAAGUGGAAGUGUCAGUUCAGGAGGUUCAAUAAGUGGAGGUGGGUCUAAAUCCCCAGGCAGCUCAGGUCGUUCUCAGACCCCACCAGGAGGUGCCACCCCUCCCAUACCUAAAAUCACAAUACAGCUUCCCAAAGGAAAAACAUCAUCUCUUGGAGGUUAUACGUCAAGCAGUUCAGCAGCUGGAAGUACUGGUGGUGCAAGUGGCACGAGCAGCAGCAAAAGCCACCAUUCUCACUCUUCUUCGUUGUCAGGAAAAAUAAAGACCAGUAAGAUGGAAGGCUCCAUGGGACAAGGUAACAGUUCUAAGCAACAAAGUACUGGCGGAAGUGGUAGUGGCAUGCCCCCUCAGUCCAAAAGCUCUUCCCUUGGGAUAGGUUCAGGUAAACCAGGCUCUUCCCCCAUUACCAAGCAUGGUAUGUCGGGUUCAGGUAGCAGUGGCAGCAGUGGGUCAAUUAGUGGGAAUAAAAUAAGGCCUCAAGGAGGCAAGCCCCCUGGAUCACUGAUAAACCCUAGCAUUAAGCCUAACAUCUCUCCUUCACACUCUCGUUCUGGGAGUUCUGACAAACUUUCCUCCCCGAUGAAGCUUGGGCAAGGUCAGGUUCCAGGUACCCCACCGUCCUCAAAAGCUAAGUCGCCAAUUGGUUCUGGAAGUGGGAGUUCCGGGGGCUCAAAGUCCUCCUCUGGCAGUGGAAUGAGUUCCCAGAAACAGUUAAGUAGUGGCUCUUCCUCUGGUUCUUCCUCCUCUUCCACUUCAUCUGCUAGCUCCUCCUCUUCAUCAGGCUCUAUGUCAUUUUCCUCUGGUGGUCAGUCACAAUAUGGAGGAAGUGGGGGUGGUGGCGGUGGAGGAGGCAGUGGAGGAGGUGGGGGGAACAACCCUAAUGCCAAAGGAAAGUCUCCUAGCCGAAACAAAAAACCUUCCCUUACAGCAGUCAUAGACAAGCUGAAGAGUGUAGGUGGUAGCAUUGGUGGAGAGGAAUGUGAAGGAGGUGGAGGAGCGGGUGGUCCUGGCAGCAAUGCAGGGACUGGAGGUGGAGCAGUACCUUCAAAUGUUGGUCCUCCAAAGCGAGACAAGGUUGAAAAAGAAGGAAAAUCUAAAGGAUCUCUUUCAACAGGAAAUUCGGGGGAUAAAAAGAUGAUGGACAGUAAAGGUAGUGGUGUGAGCAGUACUGGUGUGGCUAAGAUUAUCAUAAGCAAACCAGACGGAGGUUCUCCAAGCAUCAAGUCCAAAGUAACUCUCCAGAAAGCUGGUGAUGGCUCAUCUGAAGGUUCCAUGCGCUCCCAGCAUUCAAGCUUAAAAGCAUCUCCUCUUUUCAGUGGCUCAACACCAAAGCAUGAUCGCAGUUCCCCAAGCCACAGCCGCUCGCCUGGAUAUACACCUCUGCUCCAGGACAGUGGGAGCGAAUCUGGUAGUAGUUCAGUGGCAGAGAAAUCUCACCAGAACAGCCCCAGCUCUGAUGACGAUCAGACUAUGAGGCCGCUGCAACCGCCACAGGACUACAUGUCGGUCAGCUUGGGAGAGAAACACAAGAAGCACAAGAAAGAAAAGAAAAAGCAGAAAGAAAGAGAGCGGGAAAGGGAUCGAGAUAGGGACAGGGAUCGAGAGAAGGAGAAGAAAAAAUCUGCAAUGUCCUGCGGUCCUUCUUCACACCAAAUGAAGGCAGAGAGCUGGUCCAGGUCUCCAAUGUCAUCUUCAGAACCCUCUAUAUCUUUGCACAGCUCUGAGCGUACCUUACGACAGAGUCCUCCCUACAUGCACACUGAGGACGAUGAUCUGAUGGACUCUGCUCUAACCGGCUCUAACUUGGAACCGUUCAAGUAAGAUUGUCCCACACGUUUUUACCAUCUUUUUCACUGGUUUGUUUGUUUUUUGGUACCUCUGUCAUGGUUUUAUCAUGUAAAAUGUAUUGCUCCAUUCUUUUUAAAUGAAGAUUUUUAAGAUCAGAUGGAGACCCUACUUUUAGAAUAGUGAGGUGACACGUUACGCAUUACGGUUUAUAUUUGUAACUUGUCUAAAAGGAUCUAAAUUAUUUCAUAACUUUUAAGUUUCAUUUUGUUUUUAUUAUGUAACUAAAGAGAAAUGUGCUGUUUUUAAAAGAUGAUGUGUUAAAAAAAAAAAGUAUUUUCUCUUGAAGCGCUUGUUUGCUGAAAUCAUGUUUUUUGUAAGCGUUGUUAUUUUCUUAAAACAUUUUAUUAAAAUAUUUUAUUCAUUAUGUCACUUGCUUUUAGCUGGUUAAAAUUUCCCUAAUCAUAUGUAAAUAUUUGUACAAUGUUGUUCAUUAUACAUGAUUAAUUAACAUAAACUUUACUGGUGAAUUAAACUUUCAUUUUAAAUAUGAAACAUGUGUCUUUGGAAGUGUUAGACCGCUCCACCAAUAGGGGUCAGUAUGGUCUUUAUGCCAAUAUUACUCAAGUACUCAAGCACUUCAAUAACGCUGCCUAGUGAGGAAACCUGAAAGUCUUUCAGUAAUUAACAAUAUCAGACCUUAUAGUUGUACUGUACUGUUGUACAGUUGUGUGGUUAUAUUAUGUGGUUAUACAUUGGCACACCACAGCCUAAUAUAUGUAAAAUAAAAGAUAUUUGCACACCCAGUGUGUCAAACAGCCCCCUAAAGCUUGAACGUUCUUCGAUGCUGUAAUUAAAAUAACUUGCACCUUCAUUUAAGAAACUAAUUACAACACUGUUCAUUAUAAACUGUUUUUACACCACCUGCUACAUUGUCACUGGUUGGAAGCACUAGUAGUGUAUUCAAAAGUAAGUACAGGCUUAAGUUGUUCCAAUUAGCAAUGUAAAAUAUAAUACAGUGCAAAAUAAUAUGAUGGGCUGGAUAAUGAAGGUGGGAGACAUUUAAAGAGAUCAAUACAGCAGUAUAGUCCAAUCUGUAAUAACAUUUAAAAAGCAUUAACAUUAUAGCCAUCUAGGUUUUAUGUUCCCCUUGUACCACCGGUAAGCCAUCGUGGUGUUUAGUGGGCGGGGCCUCCGUGGAUCCCAUGGUUUCUCAAUCAGAUUGGGGUCUGGGGAAUUCGAAGGCCGGGUCGGCAGCUUUGGGUUCUUUACCCUGCUGGGCCCCGGUGCAUGGCAUAGCACGUGGUGCGCUGAGUGUUCUGAUACCUUCUACUGUGGGCAGCAUUUGCUUUAUUUCAGCUGCUUUUUUUUUUCGGCUUUGCUGCAUCGGCAUUU